CUUGUUCUUUCUUUCGCUAAAUUGCUACGUACAUGAUCGCGAUGAUCUAGCUGUUAAACUUAUUCUCACAUUUCUUUGUUUGCAUUUCACAGUUGCAAAGACUUUUUUCCAAUCCAUAUGUUAUUUCUGGCAUGAGAAGCUGAACAGGAAUCUGAAAUAUAGGAUUUCAAUCAAGCGCAAAUUGAUAACAUAUCUUCCCACUAAUCUAAUUACGUCUGCGAGGAGUGCACUGUAAACAAGUCGAAGUGCAUUGUAUUGACGAAGGCGUACUCUGAGGAUAUUUCAUCAAAAUGGCGUCAAGGAGUCAUGUCAUUCUCUUCGUGUUCCAGUGGUCGUUAGCAUUUUUUGGCAUUGUUGGCAAUCUGUGGGUAAUUUUAGCAAUAUCACGAUACAACGCAAUAAAGAAAACGUCAAAUAAAAUACUUUUCAUUAAUUUAGCAAUUGCGGACUUGGGAGUGCUUGUAAUCCGCAACGCAUUUUAUUUUCUAUCCAUAUCUACUCACGAUGAAUGGCAUCCUAGCGAAAUUGCAUGCAAACUAUUUCUACCACUUUCGUACAUGUUCAUGCCAGCCUCCGCUCUUACUUUGGCAGUAAUCUGGUACUCCCGAUGUAAAGCUAUUGCCAACAUCCGUCAACUGAAUGAAAUAUGUAUCAGGAGUGCCUGGCUCAGCGUCACUGCCAUUUGGUUGUUCGUUAUUUUAUUCUAUCCUGCUAUUGAAGUGCCCAUGCGCCGUGUGUCGCCUACAUCUCAUAAAUGCGAGUUGAAUGUCUCUGAAUCCGUGUCUAACAUACUUUAUGCUCUAGAGGAUUCUUAUUUCCUUAUUGCAUUUAUUGCAAUCAUUGUUUGGUUUGUACGGAUGAGGCACGUACUCAUUGGCUUCUCCAAGGUGCUUAAUAAUGAUAUAGUUGUCAAAAGCUUUAGUCGAGACGAUUACGUUUUCCGGACUUCGUUUUUAGCAACAUUUGUACGUGUUGACUUUAUGUUUUGCUCGGUAGCUUUGGCUGUCAAAAUAUUAAGUCGCCGCUCGCAAACAACUUCUAAAAAAAUAGUCACAGAAAUUGAAACUUUGCACCAUUUGAGAUUGCUUGGUGUUAUAUGUUUUAGAUUGCUGAAAAACAAGAAAGCUUUGAAAAUGCUAUGGCCAGUUGUAAUUGUGUUAUUUGUGUCUAUGCUUCCCCUUGCUGUUUGCCGUACUUGGAUAUGGAUCAAAGGGUACGAAAGUGUACCUUAUCUUUUUAAACACAUCGUCGAUAUACUUUUGGUUGGGAACAGCGCGUGUAAUCCAUACAUAUACAUCAUUGUGUCAACUGAGUUUCGAGAGAAAUUUUUGCGAAUGCCGUGCAUAAAACUGAUUCGCAAGCGAUACUUUCAGGAAAAAUCUUCUCGCUCAGAUUGCCAACAGCGGAAAUGGUGGUACAAGAAUCUUCAUCCAACCAAUGUUCAAGACAACAACUGGAUGUAAAUUGUCUUGAAAUAUGUAUAAGCAUUAGCAAAAAUAAUCCUUUAUAUAUUAUAAAACUGAACAGAUUCGAAAUCACUCUCAACUUCGCAAAGGCAACUCCAGUUGCAAAGUUUUUGAUUGAUAAACAUUUGUUUAUACUUAAAAUAGAAAAUCAAUUAGAAACAAUUGAACUUUAAGUUUUUAUUAUAAAGUGGAAAAAGGGAGGGAGGUGAUAUUUUUUCCAACAAAUGAGAAAUGGCUUCAACAAAAAUACUUUGUUAAAAUACUAUAAGUUCGUUCAUAUAUAAAGCGUUAAAUAGGUAAUUUACUCAAACUUAUGUCCAAAAUUUCGGAAAAUUUCAUCAUGUGAAAUGCUUUCAAAGUACAAUCUUGCAUUUCUUCAAUAAGUCGCUGCUUACAUCAGAUACAUGCUUAGUUUAGCUAUAUCAGUUUACCUUAUCUUGCAUGCGGGCUGCUCGAAUUUGCAGCUAAGAGACAAUUAAUGAGACUUAAAUAGACUUUCAUUUGGAAUUUUUUAUUUUUUAAUCAUAACUAAACCAAUCAUUAGAAAUGACUUUGCAAUUUAGCAAAAUAAAUUUUUCGAGUUACAUCAACAUUGGAAAGGAGAUAAAAUCAUGGCGUCACCAGGCCACUGGUUUUGGUCAUCUCAUGUAAAUCUUACAACAUAUUAGUAUUUUUCAUUUCUUUAGAAAUCACUUGCUUAUUUUCACCUUUUCACAUUUAACAAUUUGUAAAGAAUGUUUUAAAGCCAAAAUUUUAUAAAAUUGAUUGUUGAGAAAAUA